AUGGCGACUUUCACAAAAAAAUGGAGCAGACCGUUAUCGACCAAUGAAAUAGUUGAUAUUGUCCAUAAUUUGGAUUUGGACGAUAAAGCGACGGGUAUAGAUAUUUAUAUUGAUCCCCCCGGAGAUGGAUUAGUUUCCGACUCCGAUUCGGGUGACGAAACAAAUGUAAGUUUUGACAAUUUAUUACGUAGACAACUUCUGGCUCCUGCUGAGCUGGUGCUUCAUGGAAAUAAAGACAAUGAUAACAGCGACUCAGAAGAAGAUCUUCCGCUUUCAGCCUUAGCUAGUCGAAACACAGCAUCAGACUUGCCUUUACCGAGUCAAACAGGACAGCCACAAGCCCGUUAG